AUCCUCAGCCCGCCUCCUUCACAAUAAUCUGAUUAGCCGUAGUGUCAGCCAGUGUGCAACUUUGUGGGUCCAUUUGCUUCUCCAUGUGUGCAUUUGUGUGACGGCGAGGAUUAGCAGGAGACACUGAAACACAAACACACUUUUGGACUGUUACACUUCUCUAAUUCCUUGGCUCGGUCAUGGUCAGCGGCUCUACCCACAAUGCCUGUGUUUUACUCUCCUGUGCCCGAGAACCUGCAGAUGGGUCUGGCCUACAUGGGAGGAUCAGUGUUCACCAACAACAGGACGGCAGACAGCGACUUCACCAGGGAGCAGGAGGAUGCAUCUGUGGUCAACGAGUUGGUGUCUCACCUUCCCCUUCAGAUGCUUCUAUACUUCAACAUGUUUUAUUUUCCCUGUUGGUGGUUCUCUGCCGUGUUCAUGUUGGAAGUAAAGUUCUACCAUCUGGCCGGUUACUACCAGGCUCUGCUCAUCACCGGGAUGAUCCUCCUCACACUCAUUGAAGUGGUCCGACUCUAUCUGGGCUACAUUGGCAACCUUAAAGAAAAGGUGCCAGAGCUGGCAGCCUUCUGGCUCCUGUCUUUCAUGUUCCAGCUGCCGGUGCUGCUGUUCUUCCUGACCGAUGAAGGAAUUAUCAUCCUGCCUCUGGAGAGGGCCGUCCACUCCGUCUACCUCCUCUUCCUCCUCGCCCAGAUCCUGGCCUCCUUCUUGGCGCUCAGGACCAUGACCCGAAAGCUCACCUUGCUCUUCUAUCUGCGCCAGUUUGGAAAGGUGGAGGGCUUCCGGCACACGGGGAUGAGCCCAGUUUACGGCAUUCCCUACCACCGCAGUGUGCUGCCGGUGUCACCCAGCCAGGAUAUGUUCCAUUGAAGUAAACAUCCAUCCUCAGGAAACAACAAGCUGCAGUGGCUGCUGCACUGGAGAACAGAAAAGGGAAAAACAUUCAGCGUGGGGGACAGGACUCAUGCUUUCCAUUUCAUGUAGAAGCAGAUGCUGAGGAGAUAAACACAACAUCUCAUAUUGCUGCAGAAAAGAGACUUGGAAAAAUAGUUUUCUUAUUUUCUGAAGACGUGAAAAAACUGCAAUUGUUGGAACAAGUGUAUCUUGGUCUAACAAGCAAAGUAGCACCACAACACAUGAAAGGUCUGAUCAAACUGCAUUUAAAUCUCCCUUUAAAGAAAGCAUUUUAUUUUAUCCGUGUGAUAUUGUAGAGUGUAAGAAGUAGCUGUCAGUACUGACCAUAGAGCAGCUUGGUUUGGUGGAAUAGCACAAUGACAAAAUGACAGAAACCAGAGCUGAGAUAACACGAGGAAAACUGUGUAUCUGGAGUUCUUAAUAUUAGGUGCUGUGUUAUUGUAUAAGACGAAAACAGCAGCAAUGACUCACCACACAUUCAAGUAGAAGGAGAAUAAUGUCCAUGACAAAUAUGCAGAUACACACUUUACAUGCAGGUAACAGAUCUUCACAUUGAUACAUAUUAAAGUUGUGCCUGUUCGUAUAUCUACACAUGUACACACACAUUUACAUAUAUGCUACCGUUCAAAAGUUUGGGGUCACCCAGACAAUUUCAUGUUUUCCAUGAAAAAUCCCACUUUUAUCCAUGUGCUAACAUAACUGCACAAGGGUUUUCUAAUCAUCAAUGAGCCUUUCAACACCAUUAGCUAACACAAUGUAGCAUUAGAACACAGGAGUGAUGGUUGCUGGAAAUGUUCCUCUGUACCUCUAUGGAGAUAUUCCAUUAAAAAUCAGCUGUUUCCAGCUACAAUAGUCAUUUACCACAUUAACAAUGUCUACACUGGAGUUAUUAUUCAUUUAAUGUUAUCUUCACUGGAAAAAAAAUGCUUUUCUUUCAAAAACAAGGAUCUUUCUAAGAGACCCCAAACUUCUGAACAUCCUUCAACCAGAUACAGACAUCUAACCGUCUUUUAACUAUGCUGUCAAAACUGUACACUGCUGCUCAUAUUUUGAACAUUUGUUUAUCAAAUAAAGGUGAAAUAUGAAAUUUGACAGCAACAGAUAUAGAGUUAGAAGAAUCAGAGAGAUAUAAGACAUUGUGGUUAUGUUGCAGACAUCUACCAGACAAUCAAGAUGCAUCAAAAGUGAUAUACAGACAGGUGAUAAGUUAAAGGAAAAAACAACAUAAAGUGUGUUGGUAAUGUUUUGGACCAUCUUGUAUCAUCAGAGAAACUUCAUAGUUCCUUGGUAUUGAUUCUCCAAGUUUCUGGAACUCGACUGGCAGUAUAGAACACUAUUUUGCCAAAAGAUACUCCCUCAUUUGCGGCUAAUUUACGACACCACUUAUCAAACACUUUUAACACAGUGAUAAGAUCUCUCAUCAGGAAGUUUCACCAUCGUUAACAUCUGGCAGCUCUAUCACCAGGAUCACUGUCGUUGUUGGUGGACCUCCUGGUUUCACAACAAUUCACACCUUGAGUCAUGUGAGUCCUGGGUCAUUAAUGGACCAUUAGCCAUGUGAGCUGGAGUGACUAUAAAUUCUGUAACUCCCCAUCAGUCACUUAGAACUGAAGAAGCCUCUUUGGUGAGAGGUGAAACAUCUUCAAGAGCCUACAAGAGAAGUCCAGCUGAUUUCUACUGAAGCUCUGACGAUUUUCAUGACCUGGAUGACUGAGAAUCUACACAUGUAUGUUGCCUCGUUUGGUGUUUUUUGAGCUUUUGGUCCAAAAUCCGUUUGAGAUGUUCAGUUGGGUUGAGAUCUGGUGACUGUGAAGGCCACAGCAUAUGAUUCACAUCAUUUUCAUUUAAACAUUUAGUGACCCCACAUGCCCUAUGUAUGGGGGCGUCCUGGAAGAAUUUUUUCAGGAUAGGAAAGAUGUGAUCACUCAGAACAACUUUGUUUUUAUUUGCAGUGGUCCAUUCCUCUAAGUCUUAUAGGAAUAGGCCACUGCAAAAAAAAUUAAAAAUACAGUUAGUAUGUAUAGUGAAAUUGCAUCAUGGCAGAAAAAUGCCUCCUACAGCACUACAAAGCCACUAAAUUCCUUCACUGUAUACUUCAGGAGUUCAGGUUUUGUCUUAAAUUUGUCACCUUUUUGUAGAAGUUGCGUGAAGAGCAGAUGUAGGGGUUGAUCAGUGUUAUUUAUCAGGAAUAGAACUUAUAUAUAUCAUCAUAAGAGCAUAAAUAGAACUUGGAAAUAUCAUUUAGGUUUAUCUGGAAGUUGUAACAUAUUCAUUUAAGGGUGGGUGCUUUAUUAUUCAGUCAUUUCCAAUUGUAUUUGGUUGUUUCUUUUGUCCCCUCUUUGUGGCUUCUUGUCUUGUUAUUCACCUGAUCUUCUUCACCUGGCUCUCCAGCUGCACCUUGUCAUCCCUUAGCUCCUCCCAGCUUAUAUGUAGAGAUUUCAGAUUUGCUGCUUUCCAAAUUGUUUGUCUGUCUGUUGAUUCUGUGUCUGUGGCCAUCACUUCCAGAAUUACCAUCUCAAACUAUAUAUCACGUGGAAACAUCUAAACAAAAAACUUUGGUGCUUCAAUGUUAAGGGAAAAAAACCUCUGAGGCCCAAAAAUCAAACGAGACAAUCAUUUAGUAGGAGCUGCUCUGGCAUCUCUGCUGCUUUUUGAAUCAGCUCUGAUAUUAAUGAAAAUCUACUUCAUUGCUUUACGCGCCAUUAAAAUUUAAUUUCUAGGACAAAGCAGGAAGAAUACCAAUCGACUGUCUUUGACUGUAGUCUGAGUGCAAAAUGAGCUGGAGCUGUCUCUUUGCAGCCACCGUUGAAAUCAAGUGAUGUGCUUGUAGAAGAGUCACUUCCAAUGUGUUUAUCCUCUUUAAGUAAAGCCAAAGAGAAAACUAAUUUUUACAGAAGAGGCGAGUCUGGCGUACCACUAUGAAAAACACGAACAUCAGCUGGAAUAAAUCCAAAUUUUAUUGACGUAUUGAUCUGUUUAAAUUCUCUAAACUGAAGGGUUUGAAAGGCGUGUUAGUUUUUGAAAAAAUGCCAAAAUGAUACCAGUUACCACAGCCAGAAAUGGUGAAAACAGAAACUAAUCGUGUGUGAUGUGUUGUUCUGUCAGGAAAAUUAACCAAAUCUAAGCCUCAAAUUCUGAUAGUUCAUCAAAAUCACUUUAUCGCACGUUUCUUUAAAAAAAAAAAAAAUCACCAAACAUAAAUAAUUUGUACUAGGCAGAUGCUGUAAAAAAGGCAAAAUUUGGUCCCUUCUGUGCAAUGAAUAAGCCAUUUGUGACUGAAAUAUGAUUAACAACCACAUGACAAAAAUUCAGGGAGUAUUCAGAUGAACUGCAGGAUGUGUUUACACCAAGUAGGUAGGAGACAUGUAAAUAAAUUAGAGAGAUUAAGAGGUAUAUAAUGCAUACUUGAGGCAUAAAAUCCAUGCACCAUGGCUCAAAAAUGGUACAACGAGGAACAAGUUGUUGGAUGACACAUUCAGCAUGGUGAAACAUCUUUCUAGAGCUGGUGGGCAUGGAUAGUUUAGAAAAGAGGUAGCAGAAAUGUAAAUAAUUAAAAAUCUACUAAUAAUAUUAAGUGGAGCUUUGAUUUUUAAUUUUUUUUCCCGGUAUUUGUAAAACCUUUGAACAUUUGGAAAACUGCUGCACAAUUCGAUUUAAUUUUUCCUUGAUGUUUGUGACAUAAAUAAUCAGUGAAUUCAAGUUUUCUUUCUUUCUUUUUUCAUGAUUUGUGGCAUCUUAGUACACAUAAGACAUUUUUAAGUUCUCUCUACUUCUAGUCAUGGUUGUGCUGGUUCCAUAGAGGUGCAGUAAACAUGUGAACACGGAAAUGUCCAGAAACUGCUUGGGGUUCAGAGAGUUAGAUCAUUCCUGAGCAUUUAUCAAUAUAUCGCCUGUGCUUUCCUCAAACCAACAUCCAUAGCCUUCAACACAUUGAUCAAAACAGCCCUUUUCUCCAUCUUUAUUCUAAACGCACUCUCCGGACAGUACUGUAUGUUCACACAUUCGUCUUUUUAAUAUAUUCAGCUAUAAUAAGCAUAAACUGUAUUAGGUGCUGGAGAGGCAGAUUAACCAGCUGGUGGUUAGGGGGAAAAGAAAUAUAAAUUCCCCCUGGAGACAUAGCGUUCACAUCUGAAGCAGCUCCUUGCACCUUUUCCCUCAUCAAAUUGCCUUUCCUUGUGGUGAACAAUAGCCUUGGAUAGUCUGGGUACAUAAUAGUCUGUCUCUCGAAACAUACUGUUUGAUUCAUGUGUUCUUAUGCUUUUGCUGCUCCUGGUCAAGUUUUCCCAUCUUGUGGCAGCGUAGCUCAACAUCCGCCGAGCUUUAGUGAGUCUGUCAUCACCUUAAUGAUGAUUGGGUACAGCUCAGAGAUAAUCACCAAAUAUGACGGACGAGUUUAUGCUAAGCACUGGCGGGAAGCAAUAUCCAAGACAUGACAGGGACAUCCUCGCGACUUAUUUCAGCAAUCCCUCCCGGCAGAGAGCUCGGUCCUGCCAAGAUGGUUGAAGAAGGUGGUUAAGCGAUGAGCCUCACAAACUAUUGUGGUUCAGCUUCAGUCAUAAACUGCACUGAUAAGUUGAGAAUAGGUUUACUGCAGAAAAACAUGUUAUUUUGGAAUUUUGUUUGUGCAAAUCCCAUUGAAAAUUGGGGAGAAAAACAAUGAAUUGAUCCUACUCAUAAGGAUUGCCUUAAAGCCAUCUGUGAGCCACACAUGUGAUUCAUUUCUUCACGUGUACGCUAAUUCAAACCCACAUACACCAUCCUGCUGCUGUAAAUAGAAUCAAAUUUGUGGCUGAAAAUCAUCCUCCAAACUGCACUAACUACAUCUGUUUGCAUAAUAUUUGCUAAAAACUACAAUUCCUAGCCAUAUUAGGAAAAUUAGCCUUUUUUAAAAACAGGUGUUCUUUAGUUCUGAGACACUAAACUACUGACAAAUGACUCCCUAUAAAAGCUGUUAAAAGCAAGAUCUACAGUCAAGCCCGAAAUUAUUUGUACUCCUAGCAAAUUUUAACUUAAAGGUAUUUUUAAAAGGAAAUGAAAGCUGAGAAUGUUUUUUUUUUUUACACAAUAGUGCCUCUUGUGUAUCAUCUUAUUAUCUUUUGGGA